AUGAAUGAGGCACUUCUUCAUCGAGAUGUGAUGACAAAGGAGACACGACGAGAAUUGAAUCUGCUGAUUGAAGAACAGUUACAGGUACAUGGUUCUGAAAAUCCAGGAACACCUCUUAUUUCGGUUCUUUUAAAUGAGAAAAAUUAUUUGAUUUGGAAAAAUGCAAUGAUUCCGGCUCUUGAAGCUAAAAUGAAGCUGGGUUUUGUUGAUGGAAGCUUCCCAAAGCCACCUGAGGGAACUCUUAAGUGUAUAAGAUGGAAUAGAGCAAAUAGCUUAGUCUGUUCUUGGAUUAAGAGUUCUAUGAUGCCUGAUUUAGCAAAAUAUUUUAUGUUUGUUCAUGAUGCAAAAACGCUAUGGAGUCAACUUGAAAAACGUUAUGGCACCACCUCAGCGCCUCACUUGUUUGAAUUAAAAAGGGAGAUUGCACUAAUUAAGCAGGGAGAUACAUCUAUAUCCAAUUAUUAUGGGAGGAUUAAACAACUUUGGGAUCAAUAUGAACAGUUGAGACCCACCCCAAUAGUUGCAGGGGAUGUUGGAAUUUUGUUGAGGACCCGGGAGGUUGAAGAUCAUUCUAUGGAAUUACUCAUGGGACUGAAUGAAGUAUAUGAGCAAGAGAAGAAUCAUAUUCUGUUUCUGGAACCUUUGCCACAUGAGGAAGAAGUGUACAGCAGGUUGUUGAAGGCUGAAAUGCAUCGCCAAGUGAGUCUCAACAUGAUAGCAAAGGAUGACAAUAUGGCUAUGAUGGUCAAAUCAUCUAACUGGCAGAAGAAACCACCAGUAGCUGUUGUUGAUGGGCAGAAAACUGACAAGAGUACACUGCUUUGUUCUUGUUGUCAUAGGACAGGUCAUAUUAAGGAUGGAUGCUUUAAAUUGAUUGGUUAUCCAACUGACAAGCCAGUAAAGAAAUGCAAUUACUGUUCAAGAGAAGGACAUGAACGGAAAGACUGCUUCAAGCUCAAUGGAUAUCCAGAUCGACAGCCAAAACGACAAGUGCAAGGACACAAUGCAGCUGCUGUGAGUGAGGACUCCCCUUUGGAAGUUGAACUAGUAGUCCCAAGUCCUCAUCAAUUACAGGCGAUGAUGCACAUGAUGCAGAAGGAAAUUGACAGGAUGGUUAAAGGAAAGGGACGUGCAGGAGAAGGCUCAACAUCUCAUAGUGUCAAUUCGGUUCAUUUUCCUGAUUUUGCAGGUAUUCCUUUGUGUUUCAGCGACUUGUGGUCACUUUUAUCAUCCACAAUGCGUUUCGCUACUUCUUUUUCCAAGUGA